GACGCGGCGGGCCCGGGCCCGGCGCAGCGGGGGCGGAGGCGCGAGCGGAGCAUGAAUGGGGCAAGAUGGCGGAUCAUGUGCAGAGCCUGGCCCAGCUAGAGAACCUGUGCAAGCAGCUGUAUGAGACCACGGACACGGCAACGCGGCUGCAGGCGGAGAAAGCCCUGGUGGAGUUCACCAACAGCCCCGACUGCCUGAGCAAGUGCCAGCUGCUCCUCGAGAGAGGCAGUUCCUCCUACUCCCAGUUACUGGCAGCCACCUGCCUUACCAAACUGGUGUCACGCACAAACAACCCCCUGCCGCUGGAGCAGCGAAUAGAUAUCCGGAAUUAUGUGCUCAACUACCUGGCCACGAGGCCGAAGCUGGCGACGUUCGUCACGCAGGCGCUGAUCCAGCUCUAUGCCAGGAUCACCAAGCUGGGCUGGUUCGACUGCCAGAAGGACGAGUACGUCUUCAGGAACGUCAUCACCGACGUCACCAGGUUCCUCCAGGACAGUGUAGAGCACUGCAUCAUAGGAGUGACAAUCCUGUCCCAACUAACGAAUGAGAUUAAUCAAGUAAGUGCUACAGCCUUCCUCAGUGAAGCGGAUACAACCCACCCACUGACCAAGCACAGGAAAAUUGCCUCUUCCUUCCGGGAUUCCUCUUUAUUUGAUAUUUUCAACCUGUCCUGCAGUUUACUGAAACAGGCUUCUGGGAAGAACCUGAACCUGAACGAUGAAAGCCAGCACGGGCUGCUCAUGCAGCUCCUCAAGCUCACCCACAACUGUCUGAACUUUGAUUUCAUUGGCACCUCCACAGACGAGUCCUCGGAUGAUCUUUGCACUGUGCAGAUCCCAACCAGUUGGAGAUCAGCAUUCUUGGAUUCUUCGACCCUUCAGUUGUUUUUUGAUCUCUAUCAUUCCAUCCCUCCGUCGUUUUCUCCUCUGGUUUUGUCCUGCUUGGUGCAGAUCGCCUCCGUUCGCAGAUCCCUCUUCAACAACGCCGAGCGGGCAAAGUUCUUGUCUCAUCUCGUUGAUGGAGUCAAACGGAUACUGGAAAACCCCCAGAGCUUGUCAGACCCCAACAACUACCACGAGUUCUGCCGGUUGCUGGCGCGGUUGAAAAGCAAUUACCAGCUGGGGGAGCUGGUGAAGGUGGAGAACUACCCCGAGGUCAUCCGGCUCAUUGCCAACUUCACCGUGACCAGCCUGCAGCACUGGGAGUUUGCUCCCAACAGUGUUCACUACCUGCUGAGCCUGUGGCAGCGCCUGGCAGCGUCCGUGCCCUACGUGAAGGCCACCGAGCCCCACAUGCUGGAGACCUACACCCCUGAGGUCACCAAAGCCUACAUCACAUCCCGCCUGGAGUCCGUGCACAUCAUCCUCAGGGAUGGUCUGGAGGAUCCCCUGGACGACACUGGGCUGGUGCAGCAGCAGCUGGACCAGCUCUCCACCAUCGGGCGCUGCGAGUACGAGAAGACGUGCGCCCUGCUCGUGCAGCUCUUCGACCAGUCGGCCCAGUCCUACCAGGAGCUGCUGCAGAGUGCCACUGCCAGCCCCAUGGACGUGGCUGUGCAGGAAGGGCGCCUGACGUGGCUCGUCUACAUAAUCGGGGCGGUCAUUGGUGGGAGGGUGUCGUUCGCCAGCACGGACGAGCAGGAUGCCAUGGAUGGAGAGUUGGUCUGUCGGGUGCUGCAGCUGAUGAACCUGACGGAUUCCCGCCUGGCACAGGCUGGGAAUGAGAAGCUGGAGCUGGCCAUGCUGAGCUUCUUCGAGCAGUUCCGGAAGAUCUAUAUCGGAGAUCAGGUGCAGAAGUCUUCCAAGCUGUACCGGCGGCUCUCCGAGGUGCUGGGGCUGAACGACGAGACCAUGGUCCUGAGCGUGUUCAUCGGGAAAAUCAUCACCAACCUGAAGUACUGGGGUCGGUGUGAGCCCAUCACCUCCAAGACGCUGCAGCUGCUCAACGACCUCUCCAUUGGGUACAGCAGUGUGAGGAAGCUGGUGAAGCUGAGCGCUGUGCAGUUCAUGCUGAACAAUCACACGAGUGAGCACUUUUCCUUCCUGGGCAUUAACAAUCAGUCCAACCUGACGGACAUGAGGUGUCGGACGACGUUCUACACUGCACUGGGGCGUCUGCUCAUGGUGGAUUUAGGGGAAGAUGAGGAUCAGUACGAGCAGUUCAUGCUUCCCCUCACUGCUGCCUUUGAGACUGUGGCCCAGAUGUUCAGCACAAACACUUUCAAUGAGCAAGAGGCAAAAAGAACCUUGGUGGGUUUGGUGAGAGAUUUGAGGGGAAUUGCCUUUGCCUUCAAUGCCAAGACCAGCUUCAUGAUGCUGUUUGAGUGGAUUUACCCCUCCUACAUGCCAAUCCUGCAGAGAGCCAUCGAGCUCUGGUACCACGACCCAGCCUGUACCACCCCCGUCCUCAAACUCAUGGCUGAGCUGGUCCAUAACAGAUCCCAACGGCUGCAGUUUGACGUGUCCUCUCCCAAUGGGAUCCUGCUCUUCCGGGAGACCAGUAAAAUGAUCACGACCUACGGGAAUCGCAUCCUGACGCUGGGGGAGGUCCCAAAGGAUCAGGUCUAUGCCCUGAAGCUCAAGGGCAUCUCCAUCUGCUUCUCCAUGCUGAAGGCAGCGCUGAGCGGGAGCUACGUCAACUUCGGGGUGUUCCGGCUCUACGGGGACGACGCCCUGGACAAUGCCCUGCAGACCUUCAUCAAACUCCUGCUUUCCAUCCCCCACAGCGACCUCCUGGAUUAUCCCAAGCUCAGCCAGUCCUACUAUUCCUUGCUGGAAGUUCUUACCCAGGACCACAUGAACUUUAUAGCCAGUCUGGAGCCUCAUGUAAUCAUGUAUAUUCUCUCUUCCAUUUCAGAAGGUCUCACUGCACUAGACACCAUGGUGUGCACGGGCUGCUGCUCCUGCCUGGACCACAUUGUCACUUAUCUCUUCAAGCAACUGUCCCGCAGCACCAAGAAGAGAACGACCCCCCUGACCCAGGAGAGCGACCGCUUCCUGCACAUCAUGCAGCAGCACCCCGAGAUGAUCCAGCAGAUGCUCUCGACAGUGCUGAACAUCAUCAUCUUCGAGGACUGCAGGAACCAGUGGUCCAUGUCCAGGCCCCUACUCGGCCUCAUCCUGCUCAACGAGAAGUAUUUCUCUGACCUGAGGAACAGCAUAGUGAACAGCCAGCCCCCGGAGAAGCAGCAGGCCAUGCACCUCUGCUUCGAGAACCUCAUGGAGGGCAUCGAACGCAACCUGCUGACCAAGAACAGGGACAGGUUCACCCAGAACCUGUCGGCGUUCCGGAGGGAGGUGAACGACUCCAUGAAGAACUCGACCUACGGCGUGAACAGCAACGACAUGAUGAGCUGACACCUCCCACCUCCAGCUGUACAGAGCAGCAUCUCCUUGGCCUGGCCCAGAGGGGUUUCUGAUGGAAAGAAAAGAGGCCCUUCCUAAAUCCCUGCCCUUCCCCAGGGCUGGAUUGUGGAUCCCACGUCCCCGAGGGUGGAAGGGGGGGGCAGGAGGUUUGAGCUCACCUGGGCAGGCGCUUCUGUUUUCCGUGGGG